UAUUCGCAAAGAAAUUUGUGAUUUUAUUGAUAAAAACCCAAAUAAAAAUCAAACAGAAGUUGCUAACUUUUUUAAUGAAAAAUAUGAGCUAACUCUUGACCGCACUACUAUAUCAAAAACCUAUAAAAAAAAAGAAUUAUGGAAUACUGUGAAUGAUAAGGAAUCCUCUUUUGAUAUGUAUUGUCAUAGAGAAGUCAAAUAUCCAAAUAUUGAAAAUGCUAUAGAAAUAUGGGUACAACAAGCAGUAGCAAAAGGUUUGCCACUUUCAGAUCAACUAUUAAAAGAAAAAGAUGUUGAAGAGGAAGUUUAUAAUUAUGAUGAUAACAAUAAUCUUUUCUCAAUACUACAAAAUUGGUCUAAUGAAACUACUGAUAAAUUUGUAACAGCUUUAGCUGAUAAUUUAUUCAAGUAUUUAGAUAGUUUUAAUACUACUAUUCCAACAGAAGAAGAUCUAACUGAUGAUCAAAUUGUUCAACUUGUUUUAGAAAAAGAAAAGAAUCAUAGUGAAAGUGAUAAUUCAGAAUUUGAAACUCCUCUUAUUUCUGUUAAAAAAAGAUAUGAUGCUCUUAAAACAUAG